CCUGAUUAUAUAAUCUUCCCUGCUCCUGCAUGCCAGGCUCUCCACCAUCCCCUGUUUCCAUCUCGCACCAAGUUCUCACUCUCAACAAGCUCUCUCUCUUUCACGAGCAGCAGUCUCGAGAUCCAGCAGGAGAUCGGCCACCUCUGCAGUGAGGGUGCACGGCGGCUGCUGCUAGUGUCCGCGGCGUGAUGGGCGACGACGGCACGACGAAGGCGGCGGCGGCGACGGGCCUGAAGCAGAUCGCGCGGCUCCGGGAGCUGCUGCACAGGUGGCAGCAGGCCAUGGCGCUGGGGGGCAGCAAGCCGCCGCGGGACGGGGAGGAGGGCCACGACGGCGGCGGGGCGCCGGACGAUCAGGAGCUGGUGGCGUCGGCGAUCCCGCCGUUCGUGCUGCAGCGGCUGCGGCGGACGGAGACGGUGGACUCGCUGCUGUCGGACGACGAGAGCUGCCACAGCCCGGAGCCGCCGCCGGACGUGCCCCGCGGGUACUGCCCCGUGUACGUGGGGCCCGAGCAGCGGCGGUUCGUGAUCCCGACCGGCUACCUGGCGCACCCCGUGUUCCGGCUCCUGCUGGACAAGGCCGAGGAGGAGUUCGGGUUCCGGCACGAGGGCGCGCUCGCCAUCCCCUGCGAGACCGAGGCUUUCAAGUACAUCCUCCAGUGCGUCGAGCGCCACGACAAUGGCCUCGCCGCCGACGCCCAAGUUGCAGAAGCGAACCACCCGGCCAUGGCGCUGGAGCAAGAACCGGCGGCGAUGCACCAUGCUUAAAUCCGUAGACUAGAUGCAUGCAUGGUGUUUGCGUUGCAACGUGAUGUACACUUUUGUAUCUUUUUAAAGUUUUAUUUUUUUGAAGCAAAAGGACUGGUAUGUAUGAUGUCUAGUAUCCUCGAGGCAUUGUUUGUAGAGAGGUCAAGAAUUGAAAUUGAUCUGUCAUUCAGUCA